GGUCACCGUGAACAAGUCUUUUAAUGAAAUGACUAAGGUAGAUACUAUGAGACUGUAAAAUGGUCGACCAACAAAUUCAUGGCCUUGAUUUAAUCAAAAAGAGAUUCAGUGCAUUUUGUAUUAAAGAAGGUAUUAAAUGUGAUGUUCAAUAUUCAAGUGAGACAACUUUCAACACAAAUUGGACGGAUGCAUUGUUGUAUCUUUGCUCUAAUCUCCCAAACAGAAAGCUGCAGUUGGAUUUCUUAGAUACCAUUUUAAAGACAGCCCUACCAUUGGAUGAAAAAGUUAUGUUUCAAAUUGUCAAAUACGUUUUGAAAAUUUUUCAGGAUUUGAAAGAGUCCAAUGAUGUUCAAGGCAUUCAAUACGAUGCAGUUUUAAGUAGUUGUGCACAACUUAUGGUUCAUUGUUUAACGUAUUCACAUACACUGUCUGAUUCAUAUUCAUUGUUCAUGGAUGUCAUCGAUCAUAUCAAAUCAAUAAUUAGUCAUUCCAGUACCGUUGAAUGUCUCAUAGGUUAUGCAGUCUUAUUCAUAAAUAUUGUUAAAUUGGAAAGAAAAAACAACUAUCUAACUGAAAUAUUAGAUAUACUUAAUGAAUAUGAGGAUUCGCCUCCGUUGGAUACCACAGGAAAUUUGUCAUUUUUAUGUCAAUUAUUUCACUCCAAUAAAUCACAAGCUCAAUUGGCAAUUCUAAUAGCAUUGAUUGGAAUCCUAACAUCAAAUGAUUGGUUUUGUAAUUACAAAAAUUGUGGAAGUAUAAGUUUGUAUAUUUUAUCUAUGGCUGGAUUUACUAGUGACUCAACUGAUUAUAUAAUUAAGAAGUUUGAUCGAAAUGAUUCAAUUACUAAUUUACUAUUAUCGAAAUUAGUUUACAAUUGGUCAAAAAAGAAUUUAUUAAAUGCCAGUGAAAAAAAUGAUCAAGAAACAAAUAUUCAACAAUGUAUUAUGUCCAUGAAUCCAAUUUUAACAUUUUGUAUAGAGAUGCGAAGCAAUUACAUAGAUGCCAUUCGAUAUUCUGCUUUAGAUACAUUUGAGAAUAUCGUAUUUUACCAUUUAAAGUAUUGUCAUGAAUGUUGCCAACCAAGAAUAUCUAGUAACAACAACACAUUGAAAAUAUCUUGUGAUCAUCUGAAUAAGAUUUUACAUCAAUUAAUCAGUGAUUCAUGUUACAGUCGUGGAACAAUUGCUAUGUUAACUCGAUUUGUUCGUUGUAUAUGUAAGAAAAAACUGUACAAAAUAGUCAAUUUCUUACACUUUUUGGAUUCUAUUUGUCAACCAUUUGCUAAUGACACUAAUUUAGGACUUUGUGGAAGAGUUGUUUCAGGAUUAAUGAAGAUUGCCAAUGAUCCUAAUUUGGCAUCAUCCAUUGCAGAAUUGUACACAUUAAUUGCUCAAAAUCUCUGGAUUAACAAUGAUCCAUUAAUUAAUACAUGGUUAUCUGGUUUAGUCGAUAAUUUAAUUCACAACUCUAACGAAACAUUUCAUUCUACAAUUAAUCAAAAUAUUUUACCUAGUUUAAUGAAAACCAAUCCUAAAUUGUUGGAAAUACUCGUAAAAUGUUAUAACAAUGACUCAGUUAGUAGGGAUACUAACUUGUAUAUGUUCCAACUAACUUGUUAUCAUCUUUUAUCAUUGAAUGGUAUGAAAACAGAUUGUUGUGAACACUUGUCGUUAAAUUUUUUAACUUCAUGUCUUGUCUCAUAUGAUAAUCAGUUACGUAUUACAGCUUUAAAUGUUCUAGUAAGUUCCAUCACAAAAUCAAAACAAAAACUGAUUUUAUCAAAUGAAAAGUUAGAAAUGUUUCUUAAUUAUCUGAAACGUGAUUUAUGGCCAAAUUCAAAGCAUAUACAUGAUCAGAUUGUCAGCGCAAUUAAAGAUAUUUUGUUGCAUACACUUUCGAUCAUUAAACGUGGAAUAACUACUACUAAUUUAAGUAAUCUUGAAUUGUUUUGUGUUAAACUAGUUCAUACCCUAAUGACGUGUAUUUAUCCUGGAUCACCAGCCUCACGUUUAUCAUUAGGCUUAGCUGGACUAUACACAGUUAUUGAAUGCUUUUAUUCCAUGUUUUAUACGGAUUGUAAUACAGAGUUCACCAAACGAAUUAUGAGUUGUUUAAAUGAAGCAACCAAAGGCUUAUUUACAUUAGCUUUAUCUAGCAGUGAAGAUUUUAAAUCAAUCAACCAAUCAACGUUACAAUUGUUCUCAAUUCUUAUGAUUGGUUUAUGCAGUCGAUAUGAUGUUGAUCGAGAUUAUGCUGUGAAAAUACUGUUAAGAUUGAAUAUUUUACCACAACUUAAUCCUAAUUAUAUUAAUAAAUUAUGGACUGAUACACUAGAAAUUUAUGCUCAAUGUUCCAAACCAGAUAUCAAUCCUAUUGCUGGUGAUCUAUUACGUUUACUUAUCUAUAGUAAUGAGAAUAUUAAUCAAACAAAUUGUUUAUCUACAUCUUCAUCAUCUAUCGUCAAUAUGAAAGUCAUACAAGCAAUAGAUUAUCUUCUUAAUCAACUUGAAGAACAAAUUAUCAUGUGUGAAAAAUUCCCAGUGAAUGGUUUAAUGUCUGUAGUAAUUAAUAAACCAUUUUAUGCUAUGCUUAAUACUAUUCGUUCUAUCAUUGGCAUCGCCUCAUCAACAUCAUUGAGUAAGAAAGACAAAAACUCUAUCAAUCUUCAAAUUUGGAAGUGUACAUCAAUUAAAGCAGAAUCUUUGUUCAAACAAAUCAAUGGAGUAAACUGUAUGGAGCGUAUAAUUUCACUAGGUCUUCGUAUAUCUGAAAUCGUUCUACCGGUUGUUGGACAUGAAUCACCUGAAGGUGUCUUAUUAACCUCAAAAGAAGAUGUAAUCAUUGAUGAUAUUAAAAUUGAAAAUGAACAAGCUGAUCAUUUGUAUAAAUUAUCUGAAAAAACGCGAAAAUAUCCGGAAUAUUUAAUUUUAUGUUGUUGGCGAUCUGUUCGUGAAUUAUCUUUACUUAUGGGUAUAUCACUUAUUUCGUAUGGCUUCAACAAUUCCAAUAGUGAUCAAAUGAAGCCGAAAGAGAUUUUUUCUAUUGCUCAAUUUUUUUGUACUCAAUUACUUUGUUGUCGUCAUCGUGGAGCAUUUGAACUGUGUGCAACUGGAUUUACAAAUUUCUGUACUGCACUCGUAAAUCAUCCAGUUUAUUGUUCAAUUCCUAUUCAUUGGCUAAAUGUUAUUACUGGUCAAAGUGUAUUAUUCAAUGAAAAGUCAACAAACAACAAUUCGACUGUAAUAGAAAAUAUUGAUUUUUCAUUGAAAUCAUGUAUGGGAAAACAUGACAUAGUGGAGUGUAUCACUCGCCGUGGUGCUGGUUGCCCUUUAUUUGUUCAGGCUAUUUUAAGUGCAGAUUUAACUCGUAGCACUAAUGUACCAACAACUUCUCUUACGAGUACAGUCUAUUGGUUUCUCAAAUCAAUUAAAACUUCUAUUUGUAAUAACAACCUACAACAAUUCAACAACCUAAGUACAUGUGUACUACACUUAAAUAUUAUUCGUGGUAUAUUUCAAUCAACAAAUUUAAAUUAUCAUAUAGAUAAAUAUUUACAAAAAGCAUUAAUUAUUGCUUUGAAUGGUAUUGGAUGUAGUCAUCUACCGAUACGAAAUGCUUCUAUACUAUUUUACAGUACAAUAGUUCAACGUAUUUUUGGUGUCAAACGAUCGAAGGCAGUUAAAAGUCGAAAAAAUUGUUUAGCAACUUCAACAUUUUUCAAACUUUAUCCAAAAUUAGAAAAUUACUUGGUUGAAACUCUUACAUGGUACUCGAGAAAUACAAACAUUCCACGUGCAAGCUGUUUCAAACUGUACAGUAUACUUCACUUGAUGACUCAUCUAUUACCAUCCACACAAGUCUCUGAGAUUGAUAAAACACUAUGCAAACUACUUAUUAGAUGUGGUUUCAAUAAUGAUAUACGUAUACGUAAAAUUGCUUCAUUAGCUUUAACCUCAAUUAUACAUCCAAAUAUUAUAAUGAUCACAUUAAAUCAUUUAUUCAAUUUAAUGGAACUAGUUCAUCAGUCAAUACUAGUUAAAAAAUUAUGCAAGUUUCAAUUGAAUAUACUACAUAGUCUACUUUUACAGAUAUAUGCAUUGAUAUAUUCUAAUAUGGAUAUACAUGGUAGUAUAUCACCAGUUUACACUGUUUCAACUAUGCCAUAUAUUUCAAAAUUGAAUUACCUAACAAUUAUAAAUCGUUUAAAAGUAUCAUUCAAUUGGGUAAAUAAUUCAACAUAUAUUAAAUGUCCAAUUAUAAAACAAUUAUACAUGAAAAUAUUAAAUUGUCACUAUAAUCAAUCUACAAAGAUUGAAACAAAUCUAAUUGGUCUUGAAUAUGAAUCUUUUGAAACAUACAUCAAUGUUAUGAUUGAUUGUGCAUUGAACAAUGCAGAAAAUCACACACUUACUACUACUACCAAUAAUAAUAAUAAUAAUACAUUUUACUUAGAUUUAAUGAAAUGGACUAAAUCUAUUCAUUCAUUGAAUCUUGUUAAAAUUGCACUUCGUCGAAUUUGUUCACAUUUACACUCAACACUUGGUCAUCAUUCCAUGCUGGAUGUGAAUUAUAAUUUCGAUAUAGAAGAUAUCAAUGAAAUUAUUGAUAUCAGUCAAUAUUUGAACUGUUCAAUAUUCACUACAUUAAAAACAUUAUUUUCAUUUCAAACAUUAUUUCAAGAUAUAAUUUAUCCAUAUUUUUGUUUAAAUGAAAAUACACCUCAUAAUAGCAAUAAUAAUGAAGUAUAUCGAUAUACAUUUGCUUUGUUAACUAUACAACUGUAUCAACAACAACAACAACAACAACAUGUUCACAAUGCCAUGAGUAUUUCAAUGGAAUUAAUUUUAACAGCUUUUCAUUGGACUUGUAAACAAAUCAAAUUUUUACAUCAAAAAGUGAAAUGCUUUAAUAAUAUACCACCAAUCUAUUUGGCAUCAUUGAUACGUUUUCACACUGAAUUAAUAUUUAAUUUAUAUAACAAUAAAAUUGAUGAUCUAGCGCUUGAAUCAUAUGUGUAUGAAUUAUGUGAUUUAGGCAACAUUUGUUUUAACGCAUUCAAUCAUUCAAAUACUACACCGAUUUGUUUAGAAGUGAAAUAUGCUGUUUUAAAGUCAUUUUGUUUAUUGAAUAAUUCAACAGUUCAACAGAUAUCAUCUACCUUAAAUGAAAAUAUUCGACACGUUUUUCUUCAAUCGUUCGACAUUCUAAUCGACACUUUAAAUAAUUCAGAAAAUUCUAAACUACAAAAACAAGCAUGUCAUACUGUUAGCCAUAUCUUGAUAUCUAGUGAUUUAAAAUUUCAAUAUGUUCUACAAUCACCUUAUAUUCUAUUAGAGAAUUUGAUAAAAUUCUUGCUAUUACACGGUAGUCAUAUUCUCUAUAAUCAUUUACUUUUAUUUCUUCAAAAAAAAAUUCAUCAUUUUGAAGAACUCCAAGUAUCUCAUUCAUUCAGCGCACUUGAUGAACAUGCAUUCCCACAGACAACAAUGAAAUUAGAAAAUGAUCAGUUUGAAUUAAUCCAAAUUAUAUCUAAUAAUAUUAUGAAAUGGAUCCAGUCAAAGUUUCAUGUCUCUGACUGUUUUCGACAUGAAAAUAAUGUAAUCGAUUAUAAUGAUAAUAAUAAUCAAUCAUUACGUCGAUAUAUUGAUUGCAAUGAAUUAGUUUCAUUCUUAAUUUUCGAAUUAGACUAUACAUCACUUCUAUUUUUGAAUAAUUACAUAGAUUAUUAUGUAAUAAAAUUAUUGUGAACAAAUAACAGAAUUAUUUCACUUUGAAUAAUAAAAAGAAUUAAAUUUUAUUUGGUAUUUCUGUCAAAUGUUUCCAAAAUUAUACUGUCAAUUAGGAGGAUUCACAGAGGUUACAAGUUAGUUUGUUGUUUAAUCUAACAUAAAACAAAAUAGGUGAACAAUUUGUUCAGAAUGAAAAUGAAUUGAGCUAUUUUAUGAUUCACUGAUAUACCAGGAAGAGUGUUACACUCUGUAAUUGUUGGAGAUGUUAGAUCCCCAGAACUCGCUUGAUAAAUGCCUUAAUUUUGGAUUUCACGUUUGCGAGCAUGGGCUGAUCACUUGACCUUGAGAUUUCAUUUCCCACCAGGAAAAUCCAUGGCUGUGAUUGGCUGCUGUGUAUUUUAGUGUGCUAUUUUCGUAAAUGUCUCAAGGAUGUUUCUGAUGUAUGAAUAAACGAGAGUUGUUUGCUUGAUUGUAUUGUGAUUGCUGGGUGCUGUAGAAUAUACUUUCUACGCUUAUCAAGCCUUCUGUUUUGCAGUUUGGAAUUCAAGGUAGCCUACCUGGACGCUGGUAAUUGUAUCGUUCGCUUUUAUCGACUAAGGUGAACUCGUAAUAGCUUCAAGCGUACCUAGUGACGAACAUAACA